UAUAGAAGAGGACUACCAUAUAUAAAUGACCGCAACCAGCCAUGCUGCUCGUCAAUUCAACUUCAUUGCUCCACCUUCUUGAAGCUCAUCACCGAUUUCUACACUCGCUAAUUCUAACAAGUGAUGUAUACCACUUCGCCUGCUAAUCCAAAUCGAAGAUGGCUUCUGCUUCUUACAAAAAGUCCACCGCUGAAUCGAAGGUCGCUCGAAAGUAUAACUAUGUUUUGGCGCCACAGUUCACAAUCGGUUUCUGCACUCCUAUUGGCCGCUGGAGCUAUUGUUCUCAUACUCAUACUCAUUAGUGCCUCUCGGGCUUGUCUGUUCAUACUGCGGCGUGUUCGAUCGCGUAGAACUAAGCAAAUAGACGCUCCCACCACGAUGAGAUCUUCGGGAUUUUCGUUUGAUCUAAUCCAACGUAGUCUUCAGCACUGUGCAGAAAAGGAUAAGAAAGAUGCAGCCCAGAAGCCAGAGACUGCGCACACUAGCAAGGAGAUACCCGACUUUCAGCUGGACGAUUUUUCAUGGAACAGAAGAACGAGAAAAGAUACCAACAUGCUCGAGGCAGUAAUCAAAGAAGCCUAUCCUUGCAUCACAGUCACCGACGUUCAGAACCAGACAACAUCAGUGGACACUACCUUAUCAAUAUAUUCUCUGCAUCCAAUAGUAAUUCUCAGUGAUUGGUCACCUCCAACGAGCCCAACAAAUCCGGCAAGUCAACAAGAAACUCUCCGCCAGUAUCCGGACUGUGGGGUUUGAAUGAACCACGCCGCGGUAAGCAGCCAAGAGUGGAAAGUGUAACAAUAUUGAAAACCUCGAAUUUGGAACGGUAAAACGUUGGAAAAGAAGUCCCAGGAUCAAGAUACACCAUGUGGGGAACUGAGUAUGAUGGCAUGUUGGGCGUGUGCGGAAUGAUUGUGUGCAGUUUUCUGGAGAUAUCCUGAAAUAAUUUUUUAUCGUCGAGAACAACAUAAUCUUGAUAUGAUUUAGAAGUGCUUUGUGUGUGGCAAACAUAGGGAUCGAUUCUUUAUGUAAUCCAUUGGCUGAACAACUUGUAAGAAUGCAAUCUGGAAUAUGCCUAAUAUAAGUUAUAAUCAGUGAUUAGAACA